CCUCUCUAUCUCUCUCUCUCUCUACCCCUUUUCUCACUACAUCUCUCUCUCUCUCUCUCUCUCUCCUCUCCCCAAAUUCUCAGAGACGAAGAAGCGAAAGAAGCAAACCCUUGAAGGGUUUUUGUAGAAGCCCUAGCGAUCGAUCCAAUCCUCACUCCCCACCAUAAAAGAAAACCCCUUUUCCCCCAAUCCCUCCGUUCUUAUCCUCCCCGCCAACCCCCAAUUCUCCCUUCCACUCCACGAAAAAACCCUCCUUUUUACGGUUUUCAAGCGAUCUUUAACCGAUCCCGCGCCGCCCAUGCCGUGGAUUUGCGGCCCAGAUGAGAUUUUGCUCCCAGUUUGUCGAUUCCUCGGUCCCCAGAUGCAUGCCUCGCGGAUUUGAGCCUUGGGUUUGUGGAAAGAUCCCUUCUUUGCGCUCUCCCUCCCCCCCCGGGCCCGAUUCUUCGCCAUGGGCGAUCUCCAGGCCUGGCCGUUGCACGCUAAUGGCGAACUAGGGCACUCGAAUCCGCCGCAUCCGCCGCCGCCGCCGCCGCCGCAGCAGCAGCAGCAGAGCCAUCGGCCGAACCCCGACCCCGCCGCGGUCGGCGCCGAUGUGUGGAAUCGAGCCGAGGAGGCCACCAGAGAGGUUAUACAGCAUAUACAGCCCACCGUCGUGUCCGAGCAGCGGAGGAGAGCCGUUGUCGAGCACGUUCAGAAGCUGAUCAGAGAGAAAAUUGGGAGUGAGGUUUUUCCAUUUGGAUCAGUACCGUUGAAGACGUAUCUUCCUGAUGGAGAUAUUGACCUUACUGCAGUUGGUGUCCCAAAUUCAGAAGAUAGCUUGGCGAACAGUGUACGUUCUGUUCUCGAAUUUGAAGAACAGAACAAAGACGCCGAGUUUGAAGUGAAGGAUGUGCAAUACAUUCAUGCUGAGGUCAAGCUUGUUAAAUGUCUUGUCCAAAAUAUUGUUGUCGAUAUCUCAUUCAAUCAGAUUGGUGGACUCUGCACACUUUGCUUUCUUGAGGAGGUUGAUCAACUAAUUGGGAAGGACCAUCUUUUCAAGAGAAGCAUAAUGUUGAUAAAAGCUUGGUGUUAUUAUGAAAGCCGCAUUCUUGGUGCUCAUCAUGGUUUAAUUUCGACAUAUGCAUUAGAGACUCUGGUGUUGUAUAUCUUCCAUCUCUUCCAUAAAUCUUUGGAUGGCCCUUUGGUGGUCCUUUAUAGGUUUUUGGACUAUUAUAGCAAAUUCGACUGGGAGAAGUAUUGUGUCACUUUGAAUGGUCCUGUAGCCCUUUCUUCUCUACCUGAACUAGUUGCUGAGCCGCCCGAAACUCAGGAGAGUGAUUUACUCCUCACCGAUGAGUUUCUCAGGAACUGUGUGAAGAAGUACUCUGUCUCCUCUGAGGGAUAUGAGAUUAAUUCUCGGAUAUUUCCCCAGAAGCAUCUUAACAUAGUUGAUCCACUGAAACAGAGUAAUAAUCUGGGUCGCAGUGUCAGCAAAGGUAACUUCUUCCGUAUACGUAGCGCAUUUGUAUUUGGUGCUCGAAAGCUUGCGAACAUACUUGAAUUACCUGCUGAGAGAAUCAACAUUGAAGUCAAUACGUUCUUUAAAAACACAUUGGAGAGGCAUGGAAGUGGAGAAAGACCAGAUGUACAAGGUGCCCUUCCGUUUCGUCCGAACAUUACAUCAAUCAAUCACAGCUGGAUAGGCUUUAAUUCAUCAGAUUUCAACGGCGACAGGGGCUUUCGAGAUAAAUCGGUUUUAACUUCCCCAACCAGUGAUUCCCAUGAAGUGCUUUAUGAGCAGCUGAAUAACUUAAGCAUCUCAAGUUUGGGGAAGGACCUCUCCAUUGAACCUACAAAAUUUGAACCAAAUGGUAUAGUGGAAGGAAUUGUCGUUUCAGGCAAUUGUUUGGCGGGUGAUGCCAGAGAUUUCACAACCAAGGGAGCUUCUAAUUCAAGAAUUGGUGAUGAAACUUCUAGGGCUUCGCCUUCAACUGGUGAAACAGUGAUGUCACCAUCUGGAAUACCGUCACCAUCUGGAAUGGCUUAUUGCACACCCCAUCUCUUUUUCAAUCCGAAGUAUAGUACAAAGAAUGAACUGCUUAGCUAUGAGAUUGAAUCGCCGAGAAGUUUUAGUUCUUCAAUAGGCUCAUUUGAUGGGCCCACAACAUCAAGUCGGAAUACUUGUUUAUCAGAAGAAUCAUACCCCUUAGACUUGAUAGUGAGAAAAGAGGGAGAGGGAAGUGAAAGCCCUAAGUUCAACAAUUUGUCGGAUCUCAGUGGAGAUUAUGACCUCCAUUUUACAAAUCUUUUGUAUGCUCAGAGGAGCCAAGAUUAUGUGGUGGGCCCGGCGGUCUUUGUUCCAUAUCAUCGACCGGCCCAUGUGCCAUUCCAGAACAAGCACUCGUGGAAUGGGCUACAUCGGCGGAAUAUGUAUCCACCUGCUGCACCAAAUGGAAUGAUUCCUGGGGUGCCAUAUCCACCUGGCUAUUAUUAUGUGAAUCACCCUAUACUAUCCAGUGCUUAUGGCACUGAAGAUCUUCCUAAGCCAAGGGGAACAGGCACAUACUUUCCGAACACGAAUUCCCGGUCAUAUAAGGAGAGACUGUCCCCUGGAAGAGGAAAGAACUCGUUGGCUUCAAAUCAUCAGCUAAAAUCGCGGUACAAUGGCCGAGCGGACAUGCAUAUAGACACCAUCUCUUCGGAAGAAGCGGGUCCCGAGCUUCCACCAAUACAAGCUCAAGUUCCAGCCAGAAAUGGCCAUGGAAGACCUACUUUUCAAGAGAUACCACACUCUUCUCGCCAUAGCCCGAGGGGUGUCUUGCAUGGAAAUGGUGUUGUGCAUCCACAAGAGAGCAAACUUGAGUUCGGGUCCUUUGGUCCUGUUCAAGUUGGAGUUGCCUUGCCAGAACACGGCAAUCGACCAGACUCUGUACACCCUCACACUCAGGCCUCUGGCCCUGCGAGCCCUAUGCAAAGAGUUGGAAUAAACUCCAAUCGUGAAAGGUCAGCGCAGCCGUAUCAGCUCAAAGACGACGGUGACUUCCCUCCUUUAUCGGGGUGAGAGAAGUGGAGAAAUUUCACACAUGGGAGGCGGAACCAUUACAGGAAGAAGUGAGACCCAAAAAAACGGAGGAAAAGAAAAAAAAAAAAAAAAAAAAAAAAAAAAAAAAAACAAAGAAAUAUACUGACCAGUUGGGUCCAUAUUCGCUCGAGCAACGGUCGCAAUGUGUGUCGAUAGAUUGUUGCAGUAAAUUUACCAUAGUGUACAUUCUAAUAAUUUCCUUUUUGCUAUCAGUCUUCACCCUUUGCUUCUUACCUAAUCGGGUGCAUUGCUGAAUCCUUUUUUUUCCUUUCUCUAUUUUUUUUUUUCUCUCUGUUUUUUUUAACCCUCUGCAGCCCAAUUUUCGCCCCCGUCGGGCGGUGUAGAUACUCCUGAGUGUGGCUUUUAUUUUGUUGAAAUAGUUAUGCUACCUGAUUGGAGUACCGUUUAUCGGUCUGCGGUGUAUUGUGAUGAUGAUGAUGAUGAUGAUGUUGUUAGUAUCAGGUGAGAUAUUUGGUUAAAUGUAACUCAUGUGCUCAGCUUUGUUUC